AUGGAGAACGGCACGGAAGGCAAGAACUUCUACAUCCCCAUGAACAACAGGACGGGGCUUGUGAGGAGUCCUUUUGAAUAUCCACAGUACUACCUGGGGGAUCCCAUAUUCUUCAAAUUUCUUGCUGUCUACAUGUUUUUCCUGAUAUGCACUGGCUUCCCCAUCAACGCUCUCACUCUGGUAGUUACGGCGCAGAACAAGAAACUCAGGCAACCUCUCAACUUCAUCCUGGUCAACCUGGCUGUGGCCGGACUCAUCAUGGUCUGCUUUGGAUUCACCAUCACCUUUGUCACUGCUAUUAAUGGAUAUUUUGUUUUUGGACCGUUGGGUUGUGCCAUUGAGGGAUUCAUGGCUACUCUGGGAGGUCAAGUUGCUCUCUGGUCUCUGGUCAUCCUGGCUGUUGAGAGAUACAUUGUUGUCUGCAAACCCAUGGGAAGCUUCAAGUUCACUGCAACUCAUGCAGGAGUUGGAGUUUUAUUCACCUGGAUCAUGGCUCUAUCUUGUGCUGUCCCUCCACUGGUUGGCUGGUCCAGGUACAUCCCCGAGGGCAUGCAGUGCUCCUGCGGACCAGACUACUACACUCUGGCUCCCGGCUUCAAUAAUGAAUCCUACGUCAUGUACAUGUUCACCUGCCACUUCUGUGUCCCAGUGGGCACCAUCUUUUUCACCUAUGGAAGCCUUGUGCUCACAGUCAAAGCUGCUGCAUCCCAGCAGCAGGAGUCAGAGUCCACCCAGAAGGCUGAGAGGGAAGUGACACGCAUGUGCAUCCUGAUGGUGCUGGGCUUCCUCGUGGCCUGGACCCCAUAUGCAAGCUUUGCUGCCUGGAUCUUCUUCAACAAGGGAGCUGCCUUCUCAGCUACAGCCAUGGCCAUCCCUGCCUUCUUCUCAAAGAGCUCAGCGCUGUUCAACCCUAUUAUCUAUGUGCUGUUUAACAAACAGUUUCGUAACUGCAUGCUGACCACUGUUGGAAUGGGCGGUAUGGUUGAGGAUGAGACCUCAGUAUCAACCAGCAAGACAGAGGUGUCCUCUGUCGCUUAA